AGCCACUAAAAUAGACGAACGAAGUUACACUGGCAGUGGCAAAGGGCAAUCGAUGGAGCAAACCUGUGUAUAAACAUAUGCACUGUUGAAUGAAUUUGGCGUUUUACUCGUGAGAAUGAACCCAAUUUUAAGAAAGGUUUCACGAAUACGACACACUGGGAGUCUGGACCAUGCAUUGUCAUUAUUCAGGUCCUCGGAUUUCAUGUUAAAGACGCUCUUUGGGGGCUGUUCUGUGACCAGUGAGAGAAAUUAUAGAUCCAUGCCAACUCAUGGUAUAGGGAGAUACAAGUACCUCCUCCCUAAAGAAGCGCCUAAGAAGAAAAAGGAGAAACUUCAAUUGAAACAGAUUAAAGCAGCAACCAGCACAGCCUACGGUGUGCUUAAUGUGUCAGUGUCCGGAUAUGACAUGACUCUGGUGGAACACUAUUCCCAAUACAUCCAUAAUCUAUGCAACCGGUUCAAUGUCAAAGUAGAUGAAAGCUUUGCUUUACCAACUAAGUCUACAGAGAUGAUGGUCAUGCCAGAGCAAGGCACCAAGAUGUAUGUGGAUGCCAUCCUGAAGACACACGAAAGAGUUGUCCAGAUAAGUGAGUUGAAUGCAACGUUUUGUCCCAUUUUCCUGGAAGUGCUCUUGAGAAACCAACCCGAGGGAGUCCAGCUUUCUGUGAAGGAGCACACUGACGCAGACUUCCUUGCACGCUUCAAAGCUCGACCAGCACUUGAGGGACUGAUUGCACAAAUUAAUUAGACAACUGCUUGUAUCUUACCUUUUUUUGUCAAACUUACAUACAAAAUGUUUAUAUGUUGGUGUGUUCCAGCUGACAAUUAAAUACAUUUUUAUUUAAAACCAAA